CUUGAGUGCAUUUGAGACGUGAGCACGUUGGAGCGCAUUGAUGAGACUGCUUUGCUUUGCGUCUGACGGGCCCGACACAGAGGGGCUGUGAUUCUGCUGACCUUUCCAUCGCAACUUCAUCCACCGAUACACCGGAGUGUCGGACGACGGAUGCACACAAUACCACGUGUCUGGCAACACAAGAUCUGAGCUGGACGCAGCACCAACCUCACCAUGGCGCACUCGCACAGCCAUAGCAUGUCUAUGGAGCCAUGGCUCACCCAACCUGUCAUGCUGCACUCCUCGCGAGCCUACGAGUGCUCGUUGAACCUCACCGAGCAAUGCGAGUAUCAAGUCGGUUACUGGAGAUUCUGGUAUGAGCUGGACCACCGCUACGCUUUACCGACAGUGGCACUCUUCCUGUCAACAAUCAUCCUCUUCUCGAUUCCGUUCCUCUUCGCCAACCUCCUACCCCGAGCGCGAUCACGAUCGGGAGCAGGAGGCAAGCUACUCGCUCUCAGUCGAUAUGCAAGCUACAAGUCGUUCCGCAUCGGCAAGCUAAACUGGAACUCGGCGCCCAUAGGUGUGCUCUUUCUGGGCGCAGUAGGCACGAUAUUCUUCUUCGCCAUGACGCUGGGUCCAAGACCAUACUACUGGCCGAACGAGAAGGACCCCGAGACAGGAAAGGUUACGCUGUCGUUCGGCAACUCGCCCCCCAUCGCUUCACGAACCGGCUGGAUGUCGCUUGCUUGUCUGCCUUUCAUUAUCGCGACCUCGAGCAAGAGCAACAUGAUCACAGGGCUGACAGGCGUGUCGCAUGAGAAACUUCAAGUCUUCCAUCGAUGGAUCAGUUACGCCUGCUUCGUGCUUGCUCUGAUUCACACAUUCCCGUUCAUCGUUUUUCGGGCUUGGAGAGGAGACUUGAGCACACAAGCGAGGACCACAAUAUACUACUGGACUGGUAUCAUCGCGUUGAUUUCACAGGCCUGGCUGACAUUCGCCUCCUUUUCACCACUUCGCAACUACUCGUACGAGUUCUUCAAGUUCUCCCACUUCGCCGCCGCACUCAUCUUCGUCGUAUUCUUCUUCCUCCACUGCAACUUCCGACUCUCCUCAUGGGACUACUUCAUCGCCACAGCCGUUAUCUUCACUCUUACAUUCCUCCACUCACAAUUACGCAUCUACUUCCAGCAUGGAAUCAAACAAGCGACAAUCGUUCUUGAGUCGAACGGGUUCGUGAAGAUCACUAUCCCAACACAAACGACAUGGCGCGCCGGACAGCAUUACUUUGUGCGAUUCCUCGGUAUGGGCCCCGGAGUGGCUGCAACAAGUCACCCCUUCAGUGCAGGCUCUUUGCCAACCAAGGCGCAUUUCUACGAAGCCGCACAGAGCGAACUCGUCUUCUACAUUAGAGCUCAAGGAGGCCUUACUGCUCGCUUGGCCAAGCAUGCCGAGAAGUCGCCCAAUGCGAAGAUGUCGGUCAUGCUAGACGGUCCUUACGGAGGUAUCGACAUGCCCAAACUUGCAUCUUGCAGAAAGUCUUUGGCUUUUGCUGGUGGGUCCGGAGCGGGGUGGCUGCUACCUCUCGUCGAAGCCUUCUUGAGAAGAAGGGAUUGCGUCUCUGCGGGAUGUGAACCAGAGAAUGGAAAGAUGGGAGAGAUCUGCGGCACUGAAGGUCCGGAGAUGAGAGUUGUACUAGCAACACGAGACAUUGCGACAAGGAAUUGGUUUGAAGAGAAGAUUGAGGAGUUGUUAAACAAAAGCCUGCUCGGAUGCUGUCCGACAGGGCUGAGGGUGGAGAUUUACUACACAGGCGAGGAGGAAGACAGACUCCAAAGCGGCCAGAAGAGCACAGCACACGCGAGUGGGAUACAGCGACUAGAUGGGCAAGACCCAGAGAAGGGAACCGAUGCGGAGAUCUCCUUCCAGCAACACCAGACUUCAUCUACAUCGAACUCGUCGGAUUCAGAAAGCGAGAAGGGCAAGACUGGCAGUCUUCUUUCUCCAUUCGACUUCUCUUCCCGGCCGAAUCUUCCCAAGGUCAUCGCCGAGGAGGCGGAGAAAGAUGCUUCGAGUAUGGGCGUCUUCUGCUGCGGACCGCUAAGUAUGCAAAGCGAUGUGGCGAAUGCUGUCGCAAGGGAACAGUUGAAGAUAUUGUCGGGCGGGAAGAAGGCACAGAAAUCGAGAGGUGGAGAUGUGUAUUUGCAUAUGGAGCAUUUCUCGUGGGCCUGAAAUAUUCAGACAGAAAAGAGACAGUAGAUAUUUGACAGAACCAAGAACUCGAUCCA